UGAUGUGCUCUCGCCGUCUCGACCGUGUCCAGAGCCUUAGACGAAAUUAUAACGAUCUCAAUUGAAAAACUUUAUACAAAUAAAUUGUUCAGCAGCGAUUGUCAACGAUGCUUCCGAGAGAUGAGUUUCUUAGAACAUAGAAAAAUUCGCGCAGCUGUUUCACGUUCGUCUCGUGCGGUAAAAGAUGAAAUAGAUAUUUGACGCUGUUUCCGUGUGUCAUCCUCUAUGUAUACAUACACAUGUAUCGUGAUUUAUUUAGACUUACGAUGAUUUGAAUACCUGUAAGGUGCUUGAGAAUCACUGAUGAUCGUGUCCGAAUGGUUUCAAUCGUUUCAAUGGUUCGUGUUCGUCUGUUUGCAUUCACGGUACAUAGCAUCAACUAAUGACACAAACGGAAGCGACUGACAAUGUUUUGUGCUAAAUUUGUACAGAAACGUGUGUUCUACGAUAACUGGAGUCAUACACAGUAGUGAUAUUUCAGUGACUGAAAGUCAUUUGUUCGAAACAAAGAAUACACACGUUUAGAAGUCUUGCAAGUUGUAUAAUAAAUAAAGAUGCUGUCGGCAAGGCCUGUGACAGACAACCCAUUGGGGUUAUCAUGGCACGACAGUGCAUGGAUUCCUGUAUUAAAUUCAAACAACAUAAUGGACUACUUCUCCGAAAGAAGCAACCCUUUCUAUGACAGAACGUGCAACAACGAAAUUGUUAAAAUGCAACGUUUAAGCCCUGAUCAGUUGCAAAAUAUGACCGGUCUCGAGUACAUUCUUUUACACGUACAAGCACCCAUUCUUUAUGUGAUCAGAAAGCAACAUCGUCAUACUCCUACAGCAGCAUCACCUCUCGCCGAUUAUUACAUUAUCGCUGGUGUCGUCUACCAAGCUCCUGACUUGGCAUCGGUCGUCAGUUCCAGAUUGUUGUCCACGGUACAUCACUUACAGUCCGCUUUCGAAGAGGCCAGCGCGUGUUCGAGGUAUCAUCCUAGCAAAGGAUAUUACUGGGAUUUCAAGAACGGGAAGGCUGUGACAGCAAAGAAGGAGACGCCUGUUCGCGAAGAACCAAGUUCCAUGUUCCAGCGAAAGAGAGUGGACAUGCUAUUGGCCGAACUUACAAGAAAAUUCCCGUUACCCGUACCAAAACCUGUUCACCAGGCCGUGGUGGAACCUCCGACGGAGAGGCAAGAGGAUAGGAAACCGGAGAAGAAAGACAUGAAACCACCACCGGAAAAGAAGCCAAAAGUUAAUUAAUAAAAAAUCGUCUGCGGCACCAUGGACAGUCUGGAUUAUCCUUCUCAGCUUUUACGUCUGGUUUCGGUCGCGGUAUGCUCUCCGUCUUAGCUUUCUUUCUACCGUACUUUUUAAUGAAGUUACACUCUUUGCAUUUCACCGGUUCUUCCUUCUUCGAAGGGUAACAGGGUCUUCGAGGCUCUUGUUCACAUCCUGCACGUACAAGUGUUUUCUGAAUCGCGGUCGACUGAAGCUCUGUCGAACUGCAUCGUAUUUUUACGAAGCUGUUCAACUCCUCGACACAAACAGUUACGAUCUUUACCGGUCUUCACGUCAUUCGGGGGUCGACAGGAUUUCGAAUAACUCUGAGCUGGACACGCUUUCUGACAUUGUUUGUUGAACUGGAUCAAUGCCGAGCGAGAGAAUGGAAGAGUUGUCAGUCUGAACUACAAAAUUAUGUCACGCUCUUUAUGCACCGAAGAAAGAAUUAAAUAGUGUUUCGUUACAAA